AUGCCGACUCACAAAGGCGGGCCUCGCGCACAGCUCAUCAUCGUCACUGGCCUGCCCACCUCCGGCAAGUCCACCAGGGCAAAGCAGCUGCACGACUACCUGGCCGAGAGGAUACAGUCACAGCAGCAAGGCACCAAGUACCGGUUGCACCUCAUCUCCGACCAGACACAGUCCAUCAGCCGCACCGUAUACGACCUCUCCCCCGAGAAGCUCCCGGCACACACCCGCUCCGCCAAUGCCUCGGAAAAAGAUGCCCGCGCCUCGCUGUCGAGCGCCGUCAAGCGCGUGCUGUCCACAAGAGACAUCGUCAUCCUCGACGGCCUGAACUACAUCAAGGGCUGGCGCUACCAGCUCUACUGUGAGGCCAAGAACCUCAGCACGCCCAACGUGCUCCUGCAAAUCGGGUGCGCCCCGGACAGGGCCAGGGCGGUGAACGAGGAACGGCUCCUCCGACGGGAGGAAGCGCUCACAGCCGGCCAGAGCGUGGCAGGCGACGACGAGGCGCCUGAGGGUGCAUACGAGCCGGGCAACUGGGACAAUCUCAGGUUCCGCUACGAGGAGCCCAACCCUAUGAGUCGUUGGGACAGCCCGCUCUUCACCCUGAUCUGGGAGGAUGAUGAAGCCCAGACAAAGAAGGUCUUUGAUGAGAUGUGGGAGGUCAUCGCCGGCGAGGGCAGGAAGGUGAUCAGGCCCAACCAAUCGACGGUGCAAAGGAGUCGUGACGCCGGCGGUGACUACUUGUACGUACUUGACAGGGAGACUCAGGAUAUCGUAAAAAAGAUCCUAGAACAGCAGUCAGACGAAGGUGGCGGUGAGGUCAACAUAUCGAAGGAUGGCGACGCAGGAGAGAUGCUGGUUGUGGAGUUGCCAAGCAAGAAGAUCGGGCUGCCCCAGCUACAGAGGUAUCGACGCGCCUAUGUGAACAUGAACAGGGGCGGCAUUGGCCUUGAAGCUGUAGGAAACAUGGCCGCCAGCAGGAUGAGGGAGAGCUUUGUUGGUUACCUCAACGACGCUUUCGCGAAGGAUGAGUAA